GCACGAACCAUACCUAACCCUGCGAAGAUGCGGUUCAAAAUGACACCUUACGUUUUCUUUGUCUUCCUCUUUCAAGUGCUCGCACUCGCUGCGCCUUACAUGAAGUCUCGCGAGAGCCACGACGAGGCAACUACCUCAGCAGAAAUCGCUGUUCCCGAAAUCCUGAACCAGACUUCCACUGGCACUCUUCUCUUCCUCUGGAAGCGAGAUGAAAUCGACGACUGGAACCGCGACAACCCCGAUAACCGGAUCGCUGCCGUGAGUGCCG